GUGAAAAAGACUAUAUCCCUACUAAAAGAAGAGGUAAACAUCAAAAACUGAAUGACAUUCCAGAUGAUUGAGUAUCUGAGUUUGACGUUCAGGUUGAUCAAGCGAGAAAGAACUUGAAAUAAGGCAUCAAGGAAAAUGACUAUCUUCGCCUUCUUUAUAAUCUCCAUUGGGCUAGUUAAACUUUGUGUGGAUAUCGGCAAAAUCAUCCUUGUUCACUUCAUUAAAAUACAGAAUAAAACUGAGGAUUCCAAAGAAGUCCUUGAUUUCCCAGAUGGACCUUUGUUUUUGGCUGCAACUUUAGAUUUGUGAAUAUCGAUCUCAAUUAUUGUUGCAGGCGUUAUAAUAAAAAUAGCCACUUAUUAUCCUACUCAAACCAAAGCAAAGCUGUUGUCUAAAAGAGUUCUGAUUAUUAUCAUUGUUUGAUUUUGCUUGUUGUCAUUAGUUUACUUUUUGGUUGUAUAUGCAUUGGAGGAUGGGCUCUCAGACUUUCUUGAGAAGAAACACUUGAGAAUGAAAGCAGAUAGGCAAAGACAUCACGAACGCCAAAAGUAUCAGCUAAGUGACCCAGUAGAUAUCAGUAAUGGUCGGUACUACAGCUCGAACUCGAUAAGAGAAGAUUUCAUUGCAAUGUUGUUUCUUUGAAUUACCACCACAUUUGCAGUGUUAUGUUGUUGUCUAACUCUUUACUCAUGCUGAGCUCUUUCCACAGUAUCAACAUAUCAAAACAGUGUGAAAGUACUGUCUCUGCUGCAAGAAUUCCCUUCCAAGAAGUUUGACAUCGAGUUUGCAAAACAAUUGAAUGAAGAUUCAAAAGAAUAUAACACCUUCGGGAGGUCAAAUGAUGUAAAAAUUUAAGAAAGAUUUCAAACUAAAAUAGUUUC